AAGAGGAGGAGAGGUGGGAGGAGAAGGAAAGGAGCUCUACUCUGGGAGCCCCUAGGUUGGGGCCAGGGGAGGGGAAGAAUGAGGGACUGGGGAGACCUCACUAGGCACAUGGUCUCCUCUGCUCUUGCCCUGCUGCCCUCCCUGUGCAGGGUCAGGCGCAGGAGAUGUCCCUGGGGAAGUAAGAGUUCUGUGGAGGACAGGCUGACAUGCAAGGGGCUGUGGGAUCCCAGGGGAGGGGAUGCUCCCCCAGCCUUACCGGGAGACAAGGACGAGCCAGGAGGGUUUCAGGGCCCAGGAGGACAGGUGACCCGAGGGCCGAAGGACCUGGGCCAGCCAGCCAGACCUCCCCCUCUGGCGCCUCCCUCCAGCCGAAGUCCCGCCCUUCUGCCACACCCCUGACUCACUUCCUUUGCCUACAAGCGGAAACCUCCCAGUGCUUCCUCCCCUCACGCUCCCCAGGGACUCGCAGGUGUUGCUCCCCCUCCAGGCCCGAGCUGGCCGGGCCAGACCCCUGACCCCUCUGGGACCAUCCCCAGGACCCUGGUGUUUUCUGUGUCCUGAGUUGCAGCCCCAGCAUCUGGCCUGCGCAGGGGGCUGCCCUUGGUGGGCUGGGGGGCCAGCAGGAGCUUAACCUGACAGCUGCAGGGAGGGCGACCUGCAUGCCGAGCGCCGCCUCGGCGCCAUGGACGGCGGCCAGGCCAGUCUGGAGCCCGCGGCCGCGGGCCCCAGCAUCCCCCGCCCGAGCGUGAUCGCGCCGCUGCGCGCCGUGGUCCGCCUGCGUCGCCGCGUGUGCCUCCUGCGCAAGCGGCGCCUCCUGCCGCCGGGUGCGGGGUCGGCCUCCGGGGCUGGAGCGGCCGGAGCCGGCUGCAGCUCGGGGACGCCGCGCGCCGACUGGGACCGGCCGCAGUUCUUCACCUUCGACGGCCCGGCGGAGCUGCACUCCAGGACGCCGCGCAAGAGGCGCCGGCGCAGCCGCGUGGUGCUCUACCCGGAGCCCUCGCGCAAGUGCCGGCCUCACGCCGAGCGCCGGAGCCGCGCGCAGCGUUGCCUGGUGUUACUGGUGGCCGUCGUGGGCUUCCAGGUGCUCAACGCCAUCGAGAACCUGGAUGAUAACGCGCAGCGCUACGACCUCGACGGGCUGGAGAAGGCGCUGCAGCGCGCCGUGUUCGGGCAGCCGGCCGCCGUGGGGCGCAUCGUGGCGCUGCUGCGGGACUACCUGGCCACGCACGUACACAGCCGCCCGCUGCUUCUGGCGCUGCACGGGCCCAGCGGCGUGGGCAAGAGCCACGUGGGCCGCCUGCUGGCGCGCCACUUCCGCGCGGUCCUCGAGGACGGCGCGCUGGUGCUGCAGUACCACGCGCGGCACCACUGCCCCGAGCCGCGGGCGGCGCAGGCCUGCCGCGAGCAGCUGGCCGGGCUGGUGGCCGACGUGGUGGCGCGGGCCGAGGUGGAGGAGAAGACCCCGCUCGUGGUGCUGGACGAGGCCGAGCUGAUGCCGCGGGAGCUGCUGGACGAGCUGCGGAGCCUCCUGCAGCCGCAGCGGGCCCACCACUUCCACAACGCGGUUUACGUGCUCCUCAGCAGCGCAGGCGGCGCCGACAUCACGCGCUUCGUGCUGCGCAACGCGUCCAGCGCGCGGCCCCGGCGCCCCGACGGGGAUCCGGACGGGGCGGCCGCGCUGCGCGCCGAGGAGGAGCUGCGCGCCGGCCUUCGGGCGCUCCUGGUCCGCGAGCACCCGCUGUGGCAGGCCGCGGCCAUCGUGCCCUUCCUGCUGCUGGACAAGCAGGACGUGGUCAGCUGCUUCCGCGAGGAGAUGGCCGCGGAGGGCUUCUUCCCGGAGCAGGCCCGCGCCGAGCUCCUGGCGGCGCAGCUCAGCUACUACCGCGUCGCUGGCCGGGAGUUCGCCGUCUCCGGUUGCAAGCAGGUGGUGGCCAAGGUCAAUCUCUUGUAGCACAGCCUCAGCGGGACAUGGCGGUCGCCAGUGGGCCGGCGGGACUCUUGGGUUGGGGGUGGCAGUAGGAUGGAGGGGACCCUGUGGAUUUGCCUGAGGCCUCUAAUAAAUCUGUCUCCAGCCCCCA